AUGGCAAUGGUGGUGAAGGCCCUCCUCGUUGCCGUCGUGGCCGUGGCAGCGCUUGCGCAGCUCACCGUGGCAGUGGAUCACCAGGUGGGCGGCAGCGGCGCGACCUGGGCCACCAGCGGCGGCUACGACUCGUGGUCGGGGAAGCAGAAGUUCUCUCCGGGAGACAGCCUUGCAGUAUUUUCGUACUCGCCGGCGCACGACGUCGUGGAGGUGAGCAAGGCCGACUACGACGCCUGCACGGCCAGCAAAGUCGUCGCCAGAUACACCGGCGGCAAGACCACCGUCAAGCUCACCACUGCCGGAAAGCGCUACUUCAUCUGCAGCAUCACCGGCCACUGCGACGCCGGCAUGAAGCUCCAGGUGAACGUCGCCGCCGCGACCGCCGCCCCCACCAAGCCCAGGGGCCAGAGGAGCGUCGCCCCUGUCGCCGCCCCGGCGCCGGCACCGGAGGGGUCGGCCACCGACGAGCAGCUGCCGACAGUGUCGUCGCCUACGGGAACACCGACGCCCAGUUCACCGUCCGGCUCGGGCGCCGCUAGCAUCGGUGCGAGCGCUGCGGUGGCGCUCGCCAUGGGCAUGGCCGUGGCGUUGGCCAUUUGA